AUGUCAUUCAAAAUGUUGCUUGCAUUUUUGGAGAGAGGGGUGGAGUAUUUGAUUAUUGGAACACCACCUAAAUCAAUGCUGAGUACCACACUAUAACAGGAGAGGCAAGGAGAGCACCACAGGUCCACAGCCCGCUCGUAGAACCCACACCGACGCCUAUUCUUCGCCUCUGUGUAUUUUUCACCAUGCCAGGGAUUCAAGCUCUUCUUCUUCUUCAAUGCUCUCCAUCCAUUUCGGCUCUCUCGCCUCCACUGCCUUCUUCGAUUUCUACUCCAGUUGCUAAUAAUGGCUGCAAGCCGUCCUUGAAAUUCACCGUUAAGUGUUGCUCGGAGGCGUCGCCGGUUACCGUGGUUAACGGGAAUGUAGAGCGGCGAUCUGCUGAGAGGAAUGAGGUUCGCCUUGGCUUGCCUAGCAAAGGUCGAUUGGCCGAGGAUACUCUCGAUCUUCUCAAGGACUGCCAAUUGUCAGUGAAGCAAGUGAAUCCAAGGCAGUACGUUGCGGCGAUUCCUCAGAUCUCAAAUUUAGAGGUUUGGUAUCAACGGCCAAAAGACAUUGUGCGGAAGUUGGUUUCUGGUGAUUUAGAUCUUGGUAUUGUUGGGCUGGACACAUUUUUUGAAUAUGGACAGGGGAAUGAAGAUCUCAUUAUAGUUCAUGAUGCUCUAGAAUAUGGAAAUUGUCGGUUAUCUCUAGCUAUACCAAAGUAUGGAAUUUUUGAGAAUGUGAACUCAUUGAAGGAGCUAGCAGAAAUGCCACAUUGGACGCCUGAGAGACCCUUGAGAGUAGCUACGGGUUUCACAUAUAUGGGGCCCAAGUUUAUGAAUGAAAAAGGACUAAAUCACGUUAUCUUUUCAACUGCGGAUGGAGCACUGGAGGCUGCUCCAGCAAUGGGGAUAGCCGAUGCAAUUGUAGACCUUGUGAGCAGUGGAACAACUUUGAGAGAGAACAAUCUGAAAGAGAUUGCAGGUGGAGUCAUCUUGCAAAGUCAGGCGGUCCUUGUUGCUAGCAGGAAAUCGUUAAUACGUAAGGAUGUGCUAGAUAUAACACAUGAAAUGCUUGAAAGGCUGGAGGCUCAUUUGCGUGCUUCGGGUCAAUUCACAGUAACUGCCAACAUGAGGGGAAACUCUGCAGAGGAAGUAGCUGAGCGCGUACUGAGCCGAAAUUCAUUGUCAGGGUUGCAGGGGCCCACAGUAAGUCCAGUAUUUUGCAAACGAAAUGGCCAAGUAACUGCAGAUUACUAUGCAAUAGUCAUAUGUGUACCGAAGAAGGCAUUGUAUGAAUCUGUGCAGCAGCUGCGAGAGAUUGGAGGCAGUGGCGUUCUAAUUUCCCCGUUGACCUACAUUUUUGACAAAGAAACUCCUAGAUGGCACCAGCUUCUCGCCAAUCUGGGCCGCGGUGUUUAGUUACUGUGCACUGUAAGGUUUCUACAUCCCUUGGUGCAUGUCCCACUCACAGUUUCCAAUGCUAUCAUAAGUGCAUUCAUUUGAUAGCGACUUUUUCAACUAAACAAGUUUUUUUCUGAGACUCUUUGUAGCUUUGUUUUACUUGUAACGGUGGUAAGACCCAUUGCUCUCUUGUGGUUCAGAACUUCAGACCUUUAGUGCAAUGGGCAAUUCACUUCUGUCAAGAGUCUCCUUGUGUAUGAUUUUGAUGCAUACAUAAGGAGUCUAUAUUUGUUGAACUAAUGACAUAAGUAAUGAGCUUAUCAAGCUGAUUGAUUGUUGAUAUAUUAGAUACAAAUUGAUGAAAAAUGUUUAAGGGUCGGUAACUGAGGCAAAUGUCUGAUCAAUUCAGAUAACAGCUCUUAACCAUUCAGACUCUGUAUAAUACUUAACCAUUCAGAGGCAAAUCUCUUAACCAUUCAGACAUCUGAACCAUUAAGAGGCUGAAACAAACAGUCUGAACCAUU